GGUUAAUAUAGUGAAACAGUUGGCUGGAUUCUGCUCUACGUCCGUAAACUGAAUCUGUUGUAGAAAAGUUGUGACUACAGUUCUUAAGAAUGUCAGACUUUCUGCAAUUCGAUAUCGAUUUUUACCAGUCAAACUACAUGGCUGACAAUCAAGAGGAAAGCUCUAAUGGGCCCGAAGAUUCUGGAACUAUUUACAGUGGUAAAAAACUCUGGACGGGGGCUGUGCCGCAAUCCGAUGCCUCUGCUUCUCAGCCACUUGGGGGCCAGAUCUUCCAACCAGCAGAUGCUUCUCAGUUUCCAUCCAGCAAUACUUACUCUGAUAGUUUUGAUGAAGAGCCACCUUUGCUUGAAGAGCUGGGAAUCAACUUCAGUCAUAUCUGGCAAAAAACAUUAACAGUGCUAAACCCAAUGAAGCCUGCUGAAGCCAGCAUCAUGAAUGAGACAGACCUGACCGGGCCUUUGGUUUUCUGCUUGGCCCUUGGAGCAACAUGGCUCCUGGCAGGAAAAGUCCAUUUUGGCUACGUUUAUGGCACCAGUGUUAUUGGCUGCAUAGCAAUCCAUGCUUUGUUGAAUCUGAUGAGCAUCGUAGGUGUUUCCCAUGGAUGUGUAGCAAGUGUGCUAGGCUACAGCCUGUUACCCAUGGUGAUCUUAUCCACCUGUGCAGUAUUUUUCUCUCUACAAGGGAUCCCUGGCACUCUGUUAGCUCUGAUCAUUACUGGAUGGUGCAGCUUCUCAGCCUCCAAAAUCUUCACUUCCACUUUGGCCAUGGAAGGGCAGCAGGUUUUGGCUGCUUAUCCUUGUGGUUUAUUCUAUGGCCUUUUUGCCCUUAUAACUGUUUUCUGAGCCUUGCUAUCAUAGCAGGCGAUUGUAUUCUCUCUCUACUCUAUAUCCAAUUGCAAAACUAAAACUGUCUUCAAGCCAAGAGCUUUUAAUAAAUCCUCAGAGUUUGACAUUACCUGGGACUUGGGGAUUCUCAUCUGUCUGCUUCAUAAUAUAUGCUGUAACUUCUGUAUAUCUGUGGGUUGUCACCCUGUUUUGUGGACAUGUUUCCAAAAGACAUGUAAUGCUUUAUUUGCAAUGAAAUACAUUGAUUGCUAGGAACGAUAUGACUGUAUUACCCAACCAAGCAGAUGUGUGGUCAACAUCUUCUCCACUUAGGACAAGGCUUUUGAUUUGUUUCACAUAAACAUUUUAUAUGAUGGUUGUCCUAGUUCAGGUCUAAUUAUCAAUAAUACCUAGAUUUCAGGAAGGAAGUGAGGAAAUCACUGAGAAUGUGAUUUACCAAUCGGAGGAAUGUUACACAGAGACAUCCAAAGUAAGACUUUUUAGACAAGGAAAGAUGAUCAAAGUGUAGAGACCUUCUGCUCAUUCUGUAUUUAUUGUCCCUAACAGUCAAUAGGUUUAUAGGCGCAGAAAGCUAGAGCAUAAAAACUUGAAUUCUAGCAACAUACAGAAGUACCAUACUUUGGGAAGGCAUCAGGUUGUGGAAAGUUGUUCAAAGCCAUGACUGGGAACUAUUUUUUAGGGGCCAAGGUCAUAGGUAAUUUUUACAUAGCCCAUCAGCACAUAGUUGUGCCAGAGUUUCUGUGUAGGAGUGACUGGGCUGGGAAUUCAUGUGUCCCUAUUAAACUAUUGUAAUUUAUUUUUCUCUGGGGUCACAAAAGGACAGGAUGUACUGUAAAUAAAAUGCCAUAAAAAGUUAAAUAGCUGA